CCCGUAUCCCGUCUCUCCCCACCCACAGACCAUCUUCGUUCUCCACCCUCAACUCCCUUGUUCAUUCAAGCUUCGCAAUUGCCUGAAAACUCAGCGCAACAUGGCGCGUCGCUCUGCUCGUCUCCUGAAGCGCGAGGCCACGCCUGAUGGAUCAACAAAGCCCAACGACAGCCGGCACAACGCGUCCCCUGCAGACCUAGGACUUCCAGAUCUCCCUGAGCUCCCAGAACCAGGCACGAAGACCCCGUCGCAGUCAAAGCCCUCUGAGGACGUUCAGCCUACGUCCCAGCCGGCGCAAGUACCAGCUAUGGCUACCCCUACGCCCCAUAAGAAUAGCUCAGCCAAGCUGUCCGUUGCAGCUACGGAGAUUCGCACGCCCAAGGACCGUACCACUAUCAAGCCUGCAGGUCAGGAAAUGCACCCGGCGCAUCAUCAUGCAAGCACGGCCAAGGUUUUGGAUGAGGCGCGUUGGCUAGGGUUCCAGUCGCUGGGCGCGCACACUGCACCACCAAGAGCAGCUGGUCUGGCGACAGGUCAGGCUACUCCUUCUAAAACUCCUGUACCCACUACUACAGGCUUGAUCUCAAACAUCGAGUCUUCGCCGGAUUUCCGCUUUCGGUUCAAGUCUCCUGUGCUCGAGGGCCCCAAACCAGACGAAGCCGGAUUGAGUCCAAGCUCGCGCAACAUCUUGAAGGGUGCUGGUAUCACAGGUACCCCUGGUGCCGGUAGCCGUGCCUUGUUUGGUACUAGCGAGUGGUCUUCCAAAGCCGAUGUGUCACCCCAACGCAAAAAGGCAGAAGCCAAGGGCAAAUUGGCCCGCUUCAGCGAUGUGCAUAUGAAGCAGUUCAAGAAUAUGGACUCGAUCGCCAACCACCCUUCUGCAUUCCGUGCCGACCCAUCUCGCUUCAAGCCUGUUAUUGGCCAGCCGCUUAAGAAAUCGCCUUCAAAGCCGGACGUUGCGAAGCCUGAGACAAACAGACUCAAGCGCACACAGUCCAAGAUCGAUAUUGCAGAGUCGAGCGCGAACCCCAACAGUAGCCUGAAGCGCACGCAGUCCAAGUCGACCACGACAGCUUCCGGAAGCAAUGUUCCACCAACACCGUUGAAGCGCACGCUGUCUAAGAUGGAUCUUGCCGGCCCCAGCGUGCCACAUUCUGAGCCUGCGCGCCGCAUGGCGCCCCCGAAUCGCGACGGCCGUCCUACCUCACGAGAUGGCGAAAGCAGUCGUAACCCAACAUCAAAGCGGGUCAAACGCACCGAGUCUGACGAUGCUGCGACUACCCGUCCUGAGUCUCAUGAGAAGAAUUCUGACGAUUCUACGCCUGCGAUUGCAACUCCAGCGCGCAAAAUCAUGUCUCAGACAGCGCUUCCCCGUCUGGCCGCUCGUCUGAUGACGCCCACAAGGUCGUCGGCCGCCCGUUCACAAAGCGUCAAGACCCUGAAGACCACCUCGAUGAUUUCGACCUUUGGCAAAUCAUCUUCUACGGUCAAAAUGGCAAAGUCAGCAUCUACAGAUCAAGCAUCGUCUCCAUCCAGUAAUCUUAGCCAAAUACGGGCUAUGAGGGAUGGUGCAAGAGAAGGUCUGCGCAAGCCACGGCUCCUGUGAAGAAGCACGUCAAUUUCUCUAGUAGUACUCUAGAGCGAGCUUCGCACGAAGAAUUGGGCAAGUCGCCAUCGCCAAUGAAGUUUGGUGCAGGCAGUGAGGUUCCCACCGGCGCCGUGAUAUAUCCCAACUUGAGCUCUGUCGUCAAUAAUCUGGAGCUGUCUCAAGAAGCCGAAACCUUGAAAGGUUCACCAUCACGACGUCUCGUAUUCGGCGGCGAGGCCCCCAACCACCCACGCUCUUUUUCAUUUGAGUCUGGC